CAGAAUCAGAUGCAAAACUGAGGAAAGUCAAAUGCUGCAAAUGCGCAGAGGGCAAAGGGUCAACAAUAGAGUCAAAAUAAAACAUAUAUGUAAGAUUAACUAAGAUUAAGAAUAUGAAAAGUAGUUUUCUUUGGCUGCUUAUGUCUUGUAUCAAAGUUACACUUAAUUUACCAUACAUUACUAUACAUUAGGAUACCAGCUCCUUUGCAGUACAGAGUCAGAAAAAGUCAGAAAAACUAUUCAAAUAUAUUUUACUAGACCUGCAGUACAAACUUUACAGUGAACUCAUUCUUUUUAGAUUUUGUUGCAAUGCUGAAUACAGUGGUAUUAGGCAGUGAUGAUCUGGCCUCAUUUUGCCUCUAAUAGCUGCUUCCUGUUGCCCUGAAAUCUCACAACAAACAAAACAAAUCUCUAGCUGACAUAUGUAUAUACAGUCUACACAAUUACGACAUGUUUUCUGUUCUUUUGAGACAACAAAGAUGCAGCUUGUGUAAAAGCGGGUUAGAGGAACAGCGGUAAAGCGGGUUUAUAAUAUGAACAGAAAUAUCUUAGACCAGUAGCUGAUAUAUUCACCAGCUGCUGAAACAGUGCAACAGAGUCAGAAAUUGGUGACUUGGAGGUUUUUCCAGGUCCAAAAAGCUUUGUGACGACCUCUAGUGGUUAGAAACAAGCAUUAAGCAUUCCUUAGCAGUGAAGUGACUGACAGGCACACCUCCUGGACGGAAAUGUCAUUUACAGUUUUUGCAGUUGCUAUAGAUGUGAUUGAUUGACUUUUUUUUACUGGUUGUUCCUGUUUACAUUGGACUUCCCUGCUCAGUAAAUUUUGAGCAGUUAUCAAAAGUUAACCUGGACUGACAAGCAGGUCCGGUAGGUGUUUCUGAUCAGGACUCGUCUGACAGGAGUGAAGUCACUGCCAGUGACAGUGAAGGGAUUACACUGUGCUGUGGGAGGUUUUAUUUCCAGUAUACAGCUGAAGACAGUUAUCCAACAUUUGAGAGCAGACACAGUGAUUAGAAGUCCACAAGAACACAAAUACAAACUCAUAUUGGUGCAUAAACAUACACCCUAAACAAUAGACAUUUUAAAAGACCAUUAGUCAAAUGAUGGAGUCAGUAGGCCCAUAACUAGGAACACACAGCUUAAUAAAUUAACGCUGCAGAGGAAUGACGACAUCCUAAUCUAGUGAAUGAGUCAUGAAAUAAUUACACGACACGUCACUGACAGCGAAGGUGUUUCUCUACAAGGGCCACAAUGCACAUCAGGGAGGAGGAAAUCUUCAAUCAUUCCUUUUCCUUUUCUUCCAAUCAGGUAUUGAGACAUCCACUGGCAGUUCCUCUAACUGUUGCACACUUCCUUCUCCUGUAAAAUUAAUUUGUGUGCGUGUACAUGCAGUUACAUGCAUGCGUGUGUGUGUGUGUGUGUGUGUGUGUGUGUGUCCGUGUAAACUGUGCAAUGCCUGGUAAAAAUCCCCCUCACUCCACUAUAAGAGAAGUCAGCAUGGAGACACAGAGGCACAUCUUUCCCAGGACUCUUCCUUUGAAUAACACACACACACAGGUGAGUCUAAACAUAGGUGGUGCUGGUUGGGGUCAUGGUGGUGGAUGAUUGCUGCUAGCCUUAUAUUUAAAAGCAGGAUAAGGAAGUCAACUAGGAUGAGAGAAUACAUGAAAAUGGCAAAAAUACAUUCCAUGUGCUCCAAACGCAUACUGAAUUGCUAUGUAAAUCACUAUAAUAUUUAUCCUAAUAAUAAUAUAAUUACUAUAAACAUUUGCUGGUUCCAGCUUCUGAAAUGUGUAGAUUUGCUGUUUUUAUCUAUUUUUUAAAUCAUUAUAAAUUGACUAUCUAUAAUUUUUUGUGGAUGUGGUUCAGAAAAACAAGAUUUAUAAAGACAUCACCUUCUCUGGUGAAAUUGUGACAAUUGAGAUUUUAUAACAAUUCCUAAAUGGUCAAGAAUAAGAAAAUUAAAAAUAUGUUAAAUAGAAUGAUAAAUAAUUCAUACAAACCUUAGAUUAACCUUUACCUACUGUGUAAGAUUGAUCUUUAGAGAUUUUAACAAAUGCAAUGCUUCUGUUAGCUCUCCCACCAGAUAACCUCAGUGAUGAAGAUGAUACUCAGCCGCUCUAUCUGUCUGGUCCUCCUGCUCAGCUGUCUGAGUGAACUCAUAGAGAGCCGAACACUGCAUCUGAACAGCUGCUCUGUCAAUGUUCACACACACGAGCUGCGCAAAUAUUACUCUACCAUACGAUCAAAUGCGAUAGCAGGAGACACUGUGAUCGGAGUGAAAUUCCUGAAGAAAUCAUUGAUUACUGAUGUUCAGGACGGUCAGACGUGCUGUUUCCUGCGUCUUGUGCUCCAAUUCUACGUUGAGAGAGUGUUCAGCAACUAUGCCUCUGCCCAGCCACAAGAUCAACGCUGCUCCAGCGCUCUGGCCAACGCUUUUGUCAGCAUCAGAAAGGAUAUACAUAAAUGUCACUGCCACUGCACAGAGGAGACACAGAGAACAGUUGACUCCCUACAUGCUGAGUUUAUCAAGCUAGAAAUAAAGCAGGCGGCACAGAAGGCCGUGGGAGAACUGGACACUGUGCUGGACUGGCUGGAGGGACUCACACAUGAUCAAACACACACAUGAUAGAUGCUGAGCAAAAUCAACACUGCAGUUGUGCAUGCAGUUGAUGAGCAUUUCCUUGUUUUGUACUUGAAUUAACUUAAUGUAUGACUUAUCCACUAACAUGUGGACUGAAUUUUUUGAUAUUGCAAUAUUUAUAAUUAAAAUUAGGAACAUAAAUGUUUAGGUAUUGAUAUUUAUAGAAAGUUGUUAAGGUAUUGUACAUGUGUUUCUACUGUUUAAGUUUAAAAAUAAUUUUAACAUCAAUAAAAACAUUUAAAAAAACUAAAUUUACCAACUAAUUUUUAGCGUUUCCUGUCAGUGUGCUCUGUAUAACCAUUUAGUAGUGAUCAAUAAUAACACAAAGCCAACACAAUUUAGAGGAUGUAACACAGUCAUAAUUUGCUGCAGGAGCAGAAGCAGGAAGGUUGGUUAUGACUUCUUAAACUAACUUUAAGUUAAAUGAAGUCUGGUACAAUGAGAUUUAACUUGCUGAUAUGAAGCCUCCACUGGAACACCCUGUCCUCUAACUCACAAGUCAGCGACCUAAAAAUCAAAUCAUCUUAACUUCUGCAAUAUCAACAAAUUGAAAAGCAGACAGAGAACAAAGCUGAAAAAAAUUGUACACACACUUGAUUCUCAUACUCUGUAGAUCCUACACUUUGUAAAGCUGUCUGCUGUUUAGCGAAACAGGAUGUUUCUGUCAGACUCUUUUUUCACUUUGCUGCAAAUGGUAAAAAGAAAUGAAACUUAAACUACAGAGAACCACCAAAAUUAAACAGUCUUACUUCCUUUGAAAGUUGUCAUGUAGUCAGUUUUUUUUACCAUCUGUGUUGAAACCCGGGAAAUAACUUGCAUCUUGAUAGACAAGCUUAGUAACCCUAAACCAGUAGUAGAAGUACUCAGACCCUGUACUUAAGUAAAAGUAGCAAUACAACAAUGUCAAAUACAAAUUACAAGUAAAAGUCCUACAUUCAUUAUCCCACUCAAAUAAAAGUAUGAGUAUUAUCAGCAAAAUGUAGUGAAGGUACUGUAGAAAAUUGGCACCUGUGACUGA